AUGUCUUUACUCCUACCAUAUCACAAGGGGAUUCUCGAGAACAUCCAUGACCCUGCUACCAGCGAACUAUUAAUCUUGGCCAGGGGGCUAGGGCUUCGCAGGAUUAUCUGCACCCUCAUGCAAAUAUAUGAUUCUCCGCAGAACCUUGUGUUACUUGUCAACGCAACCCCAGAAGAGGAAUCUGGCAUCGGAGAGGAGCUCGGGAUAAUGGGGUGUCGCAGACCAGGUUUACGGGUAGUCGGAUAUGAGACUGCAAGCAAAGAACGGAAGAAUCUUUACAAGAGUGGCGGACUUAUCUCUGUCACUUCUCGCAUCUUGGUUGUUGACAUGUUACAGUCGGAUAUACCUAUCGAACUCAUAACUGGCAUGCUCAUAAUGCAUGCUGAACAAGUAACUCCGCUCGUCUUAGAGGCUUUCAUUGUUCGACUUUAUCGCGAAAAGAAUAAAAUGGGCUUCGUAAAGGCCUUCACGGACCAACCGGAGCAUAUUACGAGCGGGCUGUCUCCUUUAAAGAACAUCAUGAAGGAACUUCAACUCCGAACAGUUCGCAUUUACCCAAGGUUUCAUGAAGACAUUAAGAAAUCCCUUGAACGUAGACGGGCGGAUGUUGUUGAACUCUCACAGCCCCUCACUGAGCCGAUGGCUAACAUUCAUCACGCAAUUAUCCAAUGCAUGAACACAACGUUGUCAGAACUGAAGCGCUCAAACACCACGCUUGACCUCGACGACUUCAGCGUUGAAAACGCCUAUUUCCGCUCUUUUGACAUCAUCGUAAGGCGUCAGCUCGAUGUGGUCUGGCACAAGGUCGGACCUAAAACUAAGCAACUCGUCAAUGACCUCGCAACGCUGCGGAGACUCUUAUACUACCUAUUAACCUACGACUCCCUCCAAUUUCACGCGUACCUCGAAACCUUGAUAGCCUCAAAUACUACCACACCAACAGGAGGAACCAAGCAACACCAAUCGCCGUGGAUGUUGACCGAUGCAGCCAACAUUAUCUUCGGAGUAGCCGAGCGCCGGUGUUAUACCAUAAGCUCGACGUCCAAACGUGUCGUCCCUCGGGUGAUUGACCUCGUUGACGAUGAAGACGCAUGGGAUGCCUUGGACGAAGCUGAAGGCCGCGUGGGUGGUAAAAGCAAAGAAAAGGAACACAAACCAACCUGGGUGCCUGACGGCAUGGAUCCCGUUCUCGAAGAGCUGCCAAAGUGGAAUCUACUCUCAGAUGUUAUUCUUGAAGUAGAAGAAGAGAUUAUUAGGCAACAAACGAUCACGAGGAAACCACCAACUCUUGGCUCAAACACCAUCCUCAUAAUGGCCUCAUCCACCAAAACAUGUAGCCUCCUAACCGAAUUCCUCUCCACCAUGAACCAUGACGCGCCCAGUGGCACAAAAGGCCGAAAGAUGAUGAUGCAAAAGCUCCGUGUCUAUCUCUGGUGGAAAUCCCAGCUUUUGGCUAGAAAGCAAGAAGGCAAGACACAUUUUGCUAUGCCUGAUACAAGCCGGCGAGCCGGGGACGGUCUAGAUGGACUCUACGGCCAGAACGACGAUAUUAGCGAGGGUUUGAAGAAGAAAGAUAAGGAGAAGGCUGAGAGGAAUCAGAGUCGGCGUAGGAUUAGAGGAGGCGGACCUACUUCGUCUUCGGGCUCUCGAGAAACUAAGACGGCCUCAGUUGAUCUGGGGCCUGACCGAGUCAAAGCAAGGGAUGACUUUUCCGAGUUUUGGGCCGCGCAGGCCGACGUGGGCGAAGGGCCUAUCGAGUUGUGUGAUAUGCAAUUGUUGGAUUUCGGGUCUGGCGCGUUGGAAGACGAGUUUGACGUCCAUUAUGGCUUGUUGCCACCAGAGGAGACGGUCUUAAUACGAGCGUAUUCUGACGACAGCGACGAUCGUAUGCUUGCUGAGAUUGAGCCGAAGUUCAUUGUGAUGUUCGAGCCUAAUAUGGAGUUUAUACGCCGUAUCGAGGUAUAUCGAAGUUCGAGCCCUGGUCUUGGUGUUCGAGUAUAUCAUAUGAUAUACGAAAACUCUUGUGAAGAGCACAAGUAUCUUGCAGGUAUCCGGCGGGAGAAGGAGUCGUUUGAGAGGCUGAUCAAGGAGAGAGGGACCAUGCUGAUGCCCUUGCUCGAAGAGAGACGAGAGGGCGCCAAUGAAGAGAUUCUCAAGACCAUCAGUUCCCGAGUGGCUGGCGGGCGGCGGACGUUGAACAAGGAACCGUCUAGGGUCAUCGUCGACAUGAGAGAGUUCAGGUCAACACUCCCAUCCCUCCUCCAUGCGUCCAGCCUCCUCGUGAUCCCUGCGACGUUGACUAUCGGGGACUACAUCCUAACCCCUGAAAUCUGUGUUGAGCGCAAAAGUCUGUCGGAUCUCAUUUCAAGUUUCAACAGCGGGCGACUGUAUACGCAGUGCGAGCUUAUGUCCGUCCACUACAAACACCCAAUCCUUCUCAUCGAAUUCGAGGAAGAUAAAGCAUUCACACUUGACACGGUCACGGAUAUGAAAUCCUACGCUAAACCCUCCCACAAAUACCCUCCUAAAAAGGGUCCAAGUGGUAAUGGUCCGGAAUCACCCUACUCCGGUGCAACCAUCCAAUCCAAAAUCGUUCUCCUGACUCUAACAUUCCCUCGCCUCCGGAUAAUCUGGUCCUCAUCCCCCUUCGCCACUUCCGAGAUCUUCAAUGACCUCAAACUGAACAACCCAGAACCGGAUCCUACCAAAGCCAUCGCCAUGGGCACGGAUGAUGACCCGGAGGCAGGAGCGGGUGUGAAUGGGGCUGCUGAGGAGGUGUUGAGGUGUUUGCCGGGGAUUAGUGCGAAGAAUGUGAAGUAUGUUAUGGGCAAGGUGGGGAGUUUGAGGGAGUUUUGUGAGUUGGAUAUUAAGGGGGUGCAGGAUAUACUUGGUGUUGAGCCGGGGAAGGCGUGUUGGGAGUUUAUGCAUAGGGGGGAUAGGCGAUGGGGUCGAGUCGUGGUUAUGAAACCGGAAAUUGUUCUUUGA